AUGCUGAGCAAAUUUGUCAUGCGAUUUCUACUAGUACCCCGUGCGCCAUGUGUGCACGACGCAUGGUUGCAAGCGGCGAGCACACCAACAUCCUCGCCAGAGGGUCUUCGCAGUGCCGCCUACUCCGCUACAAUUGACUCUCUGCACCUCGACCGGCCGCGAAACAAGAAGAAUCCCUACCGGGUGCGUUUUGCCGAGGACCUGGAGGACGUUGUUCCUGCAGCCCCUGUGUGUAAUAAAGUAGAAAAUAAUGAUCCUAAGUGCCGCGAGUGCAGCCCGUCGUCUUUCCUUCGCGGGACAAGUCCGGAUUCGGCGUCGGAUUCUUGCACCACGAAAAUGCCUUGCAAAGAGCAGCCUGUUGGUGCUGUUCCUGGUCCUGUUCCAUCCCCUUCGUGCCAAACCUGCCCGGCCGGUACCGCGUCGUCGCCUGCUUCCGACGCUCAGAGCAAUUCAACUUCUAGUCCAGCAAAGCCUCGAUGGAGCGACAUGUGUUGUAAUGACUCCGAGGAGGAUAUGGAGAGAAAAAAGUGUUUACGGUUGUGUGCACAUUGAGUCUUGCACAUCAAAAUCAACUCGCAGGAGAAACAACCUCUGCCAAGAACGUGCGCAAAAUGCUUGCGAGCCUCGGUUUCGUGUGCUGUGUUUUGCGUUAAGUAUGUCUGAUCUCUGCAUUCUUGUAAGUUUUCUAUUUCUCUGUCAUGCAAGGCACGACUGUGAUGCUGAAUUCACUAAGAAUGUUGUCACUGUACUAUGCACUUUUUUGGCCGCAUAGAGGAGGAGAUGGCGCGGGCUGAAAUGGGCAUCUACGAUCCCGCGCUGUGGUGCAGGCAAGUCAAAGCCGCGGCUUUGUCCGAGGAGAUGCAGACAAGUUCUUCUUCUUCUUCUGCGACUGCUGACGAUAAUAAUCGUCCUGCUGCACCAACGGCGGACGAGGUGGAGCAAAAGAUAUCUUCCUCUGCCAGUUCGCCAUCAUCUUCGGAGCGGUCGCCGCUCGUCCAGAAGGAGAUUCGAAAGGAGCAGAAAAAGCUGUACCAGCAAAAGAACAGGACGAUAGACAGGCGGAUGCGGCGGCAGCGGUCCAAGUGGUCUAGAAGUGUGUCAGGAGGGGAAGCUAGUGCUUCCUCUGCUUCGACUCCCGGUCGCAGCAGCUGCGGGAGCGGGGGGGCUUCUUCUUCUUCAGGUAGGAACCGGAGCUCCGGCUUCUUCUUCGACUACGAGGAACUAGAAACAGAAAGUCCAGCAGCCUGCAGAGACCACGAACAAGCUUCUGCAGUACGACGACAGCAGGAUAAUUCGGUUCCUCUCGACGCUAGCAGUUGUUGUAGCUCUGGCACGGAAGAGACGACCGGUACUUGUUUUACGACCGAGGACUGCGGCAGUUGCGGUACCACGACCGCGUGCUGUUAUGGUACUGAUGUGGAGGCAGAUGUUGAUUCUUCCGACAGCGAUCAUGAACUCAGCGACGCUGGUGCCACGGACCUUUCCGGCUGCGAAUCCCCCUACGAUUGGGAUAACCCGUCUCGUGUGGAUAGUGCGUGGCUCGCGGGGCAGCGUAUCGUGGGGAAAAAUCCCUCCUCCCCAUAUCGAAACGAAUAUUUGUGAUGCUGAUUUGUGACCACAAAUCGACUUGUAUUGCUAGAAGGCCAAGAGACGCAGCUGCUCUCUUCUUGUUUGCAGGCAAUUUGUCAUGCCGUUUCCCGUUUCCAGUUGCUUCCUGCCAUGCUGAAGACGCAAGGCUUUCCCACGCCAGCCAGCACCACAAUCCGCAUCUCUUCCCUUCUAGCAUGACAACGUGAUACGUGAUUACAAAUCAUGCUACACAAAUCUCCCUUUGAGUAUGGGGAGGGAUGAUUUUUCCUCUCAAUACAGCGCAGGCAAGCGAAACCGCGACGAGAACAUAUCAAAUGUAAAAAUGUCUGGGUCUGGAAGAAUGCAACUUGUCAUGCUGAUUUUGGAUCCUAAAAAAAUCUGUAUUGCAUGAGCAGCAAAGAGAGUCCAAGUUUUGCUACACGGAAAGAGCAUUUGUCAUGCGGUGUAGGCAUCAGGAUGCCCUCGCAAAAUCUGUGAUGCUAGGGCAUGCAUCACAGACAUCACGAGUCAUGCAAAAUGUGCAUGACAAACCUGGCAAUCUUCCAGACCCAGACAUUUUUACAUUUGAUAGAACUACCUGUCGUGCUAAACUUGCAGCAGGAAGUACCAGGCAAUGCUCCUGUUGUAGUUGACGGGGCGCAUGAUCAUACGCAUUGCAAAAGUAUCGCAUACGGUGUGGAUGAAAUUGGAUUUUUGCAGGUUUUAUUCUCCAAGGGAAUAUAUCGAAUUUGUAUAUGUUGUUGCUUUUGUAGUGUAAAUGGUUCUUGCAUAAUUCCUUCUGGACGAGGUGCGAUGCGUUUGCACAGGAUAUGACAUGAGCAAGGAAAGCAAGCUGUUCAACCUUCUCAAGAACUAUCAAAUGUAAAAAUGUCUGGGUCUGGAAGAUUGCAACUUGUGACGCUGCAUUUGGAUUCCAGAAAAAUCUGUAUUGCAUGAGUACCAAAAGGAAUGUAAUUUUUGCUACGCGGAGACGGCAUCUGUCAUGCGGAAUGGGCAUCAAUAAGCUCUCAAAAAAUCUGUGAUGCUAGAGCAUGCAUCACAGACAUCAGGGCUCAUGCAAAACGUGCAUGACAAGUGUCAGAAUCUUCCAGACCCAGACAUUUUUACAUUUGAUAAGAACUUGUUCCGGACUCUUCUGCGCACGACGCUACGAACACGAACCUUUCUAAGGAGCGCCGGGAGCCGCGGCGGAAGCGGACAGUCGGGAGUCGGGCGCAUGCGGAGAGUCGGGCGCAUGGCAACAAGGUAUCAAUUGCAAAUAUGUCUGGGUCUGGAAGAGUCGGGGCUUGUCAUGCACAUUUUGCAUGACCCGUCAGGUCUGUGAUGCUGUUGCUAGCAUCACAGAUUUUUUAAGAGCUUUUUGAUGCUAAUUACGCAUGACAAAUGCCCUCUCCGCGUGCCAAGAACUGACUCCUCUUGCUGCUCAUGCAAGAACACAGAUAUUUUUAUCAUCCGCAGACAGCAUUACCAGUUCCACUUUUCCAGACCAAGACGUUUUUGCAGUUGAUACAAGAAGUAUUACCCCAAUUUCUACGAAGAAGAGGAGCAGCAGGCUGCGAUUUGCCGGGAGCUAGAGUUCGAAAGCCGCAACAGAAAUCCACGCGCGGAAAAAUGCCGGGAACUGGAAACUCAGCUGUCCGCGGUCCGUAGCACGCAAGGAGCAGCGCGGCAGUCUCUCGUUUGAAAUAUGAAAGCCGGAAGAGAAAUCUAUCGAAUGCAAACAUGUCUGCGUCUGGAACGAACCAACUUGUCAUGCUAAAUCUGAAUCAUGUAAAAAUGAUAAUGAAAAUCUGUGUUGCAUGAUUACUUACCAAAAGCUGUCCACUUUUGAGCUAAUCGCGAGGCAGUUUCUCAUGCAGGAUAGGCAUGAUAGAAAUCUCAAAAAAUUUGUCAUGCUAUGUCCUACAUACCAGACCUCAUGGUUCAUGGAAAACCUGCAUGACAAGUCUGGUAUUCUCCCAGAUCCAGACAUAUUUGCAGUUGAUAAAAUCCACGCGCGGAGGACAGGUGCCGGGAACUGCGAUAUCGUAAGGAAGAAUCCCCCCUCCCCAUAUUGAAAGCGUAUUUCUCCGAAAAUUUGUGUUGCUGAUUUGAGGUCACAAAUCACAUUUGUCUUGCAAGAAGACCAGGGCAGAGGCUUCCGCCCCAUUAUGGAAGCGAUUUGCCACGCUGUUGAGCCUACAGAGGGACCGUUUGCCAUGCUGAACAACUAGACCCAUACGCCCCUACCUAGCCUCGGGAUCUGGUCGCAGUGCCUCUCAUCUGCAAUACAAAGCUGAUUUGUGUACGCAAAUCCCGCAUCACAGAUUUCCGCUUCGAUAUGGGGAGGGGGGAUUUUUUCUUUUGAUAUGCGAAAUCAGCUGUCCGCGGUCCGUAGCACGCAAGGAGCAGCGCGGCAGUCUCUCGUUUCUGAAAUGAACGAGGUAGCUGCCUUGUUGCAAGCCGUAUCAACUGCAAAUAUCGAUCUGGGUCUGGAACAAGAAUGCAGCUUGUGAUGCUGCAUUUGGAUAGUAAGUUCCAAAAAAAUCUGUACUGCGUGAGCAGCGAUAAAGGGAAUGCAGUUUUUGCUACGCGCGGAGAGGGCAUUUUUUGUCAUGCGGAAUAGGCAUUAAAAAGCCCGAAAAAAAUCUGUGAUGCUAGGGCAUGCAUCACAGACAUCAUGGCUCAUGCAAAACGUGCAGGACAGGUGUCGGAAUCUUCCAGACCCAGAUAUAUUUGCAAUGCAUAAGCCGCCAAAACCAACCCGAGUCCUGCAUUGCUCGCAAGUCUGACCGACGAACGGCGGAACGGGAAUAUAAAAGCUAUGGUGAGCAAAAACGUCCCCACCCCAGAGUCAAGAUGGCAAAUCCGCUACACAAAUCAACCAGUUUUGGCUGUUGCGCAUGACAAAUUUGGGCUCGCAGUGUGGUCAUGUUUAGCUAGUGAAGCAGCGUCGCAGGUCUAGCAUAGCAUGCGGAUGUGAGCAUGACAAAUCGCAAAACACGAGUACUAGAAACUGCUUCUCAUGCUUCUCCGCUUGAGAAACAUUUUCAGCAUGCAGAUUUGAACUACAGCUCUGGGGUGGGGACGUUUUUACAAAUGAUAAAAGCCGUCCUGCCCCCUCACAUUCGAGCAAGAAUCAACGGGACUCCUAGUUCCAGAAGGUAAAGGGCUAUAUUUAAAAAUGUCUAGUUGCUGCGGGUCGCAGUAAAGCCAUUGAAGGUUUCGGAAUCAAAAGCCUUCGCGGAUUCUUCCUUGCUGUCGCGAUUCUUCAGUAUUUUUUCAUUAACUACUUUAUGCAAUUCUUCGUAUAAUAAUGCACUCUCUGAUGAUCAUGUCCUAGGAAGUAGUCAGAAGCAGCUAUCGUUCCAAAAAAUUAUCUCAUAUACUAAAGAGAAUCUAACCGGCGACCUUUUAUUCCAUUUUCGUCUUUUUUCGUGCUCUGUCUACCUAGUAAAUAUGUCUGAAAGCCUUUAUUGAUUCAGUGAGAGUAAAAACUCUCGAUGGAUAGUCGACUUGAAAAAUUGUUGAAUACAGCGCUCUGGAGGACUUUUUUGUACACGACAAUAUCGACAGUUUAUUUCAUUUUCAACAAUCACCAACAGCGUCACACUAAAUUUCACGCACUUGUUUAUUUCAACUCUUUUACUACAAGUCAAGCUUAUUUAGAAGUGCGUGGUCUUCAUUUUCUGCGUAAGUAGUUCUACUUGUGCAGAGCGAAGAGCGAUUGUCACAUCGAAAAAAACCUGCUUCACCCGUCCCACCGCGGCCCUACGGCCCGGGCUGCAAGGGUCUUGCAGGCGGGAGAAGGAAGGCAUCAAAUGUGAACUCUUCUACUCAACAUCUUCUUCGGGUCAAUUGACUACCGAGUGAAAGUAGAUCGUAGAGAUUUCUCUCUCUUAGACAUUUAAUCCUGCUAAGUAUUGAACUGCUGGAUCAUUCCCUUGAACAAUAACUCACACGUCAAUUUCGUACCUGAAUAUUAAAACAAUGAUGCUGAUAUGUUGGUGAAAAAAAUAAACUGUCCCCGGUGCCCUCUCUCUUCGUGUAGGAGAAAUGGCUGAUGAACCUGGUCUCCUGUUGACAACUUGUAGAUCUUCACGUGUUCGCGCUUACUUGUAGAAGAUCUACUUCACAUAGAAAUACUUCCCAGUUUAUUUCCUGGAUACACAGGAACGGCACAAAAAAUCCGCGAUCUCAUUAUGAUCUUGCACAACUGCCACAAGAAAAAUCCGAUCAAAAUGUAAAUGUUGAAAACGCGAUCAUAGGCCGUAACGCAGAAUAAAAUGCAUGGUCUUGGCGAUCCAGUUCUCUGUUCCUAGAAAAUCUGGUUGAAGAUGUAUGAGUAACUACUGCGGUCAGGUCAGACUGAAAUGAAAAACAAAGAUGUGAGUCGUGUUUCCGUUUCAAUUCCAACCCAUUUAUUUUCCGCUACAAGACUAGAAUCUGGCUCACCAGAAAAAUACCGACAGUGCCUCCAGAGGACGCAUCUGACUUCUCACCACGCAGUACGACAGAUUGCAUUUCCACGUACAGUUAAGUCUAAGGAACAUCACUUCACCUAACUCGGCUAUUAUACAACAAUACUCUUGGUUCUGCGUUUUACUUUUACGUCCAUCAUUUCCAUCCGUCUAUUCACUUCGAGAUUAAGGAGCUUCAUUUUGCAUUUUCAUGAAAGUAUAAAAGGGUAUUAUUGUCGCAGUGUAUAAUCCACAGCCGGCCUGGUCUCGAUAGAGUCGCCACAGGUUUUUUUGAGUAUUUUCCACGUGUUAUUUGUAAAACAACGUACUAUAGUUCUGAUCUUCACAAAACAUUUUAUUGCAGUUUGCUCUUUGGCUUAGAUCCAUCAACUCACAAAAUGGCUGUAAAGAACCACGUGAAAAAUAACUGGAUCCUAUUCCAGUUCUGUGUAGUAACUUGGUACUACGGCGCUUUCGCCGCCACAGUGCCGGCGUCCUCCAGUGCACCAGCCACUAGUUACGUUCCCCCUCCGCUCCUCUCCAAAGGCAGCUGCCCAGCUAACGCCUGUUUCAACUGCAGCAACCCGUGCAAAGCGCACAACCUCGCGAAAAAGGAGCAGAACGGCCCUCCGACGAACCAGAAGUCCCGGUUGUAUCAGACCGGUUUCCGCAGUCCCCAGGCUCUGAAGCGCCAGAGAAAGCGGGAGCGGGGGUGUGCCGCCGGAGCGGACUGCGAGUUUUGCCACAGUUGCCCAUACAGCAACGACCGAGCCGCGUGGCGGGCGGAAAGAAAAGAAAUUUUGAACGCGGUAGUGCAGGACCAGCAGGAGGAUGCACGACGAGAAGAUGAACGGGAAGUAACGUACUACGCUCCCACGCCCGACAGUGUCGACGGCGAAGUACACCUUCUUCCCUCGUGGACGAGGGCCACGCCCUCUGCAGGACACCAUCAGGAAGAAAUGUUACCCGCGGCCGCACUAGGAGUUCCUCUUGCACACGGCUUGUUGGCUGCUCCUGCUGCACCAGGUACAACAAUUACUAGUGCGGAUGAAGAUGUUCUUGAGCCAACGACCACCGUCUAUUACGCACCCACGCCAUCGCCAGGGAGUGUCGCGGGAGCCUGGAGGUCUUCGAGGUCCCGUGCGCAGCAAGAAGGUCUUUUAAUACAACCGGCGGGGAUGUGGUUUGGGGAGCAGGCUGAUGAAUCACGGAUGCAACGACCAGCAGUAGACCACGACGGUGAUGAAGUAGAAGGCACUGAAAGUGAUCAACAAAACUCAGACGACGACGACGCAUCUUCAUCUGCAAUCCCAUUUGUGCCUUAUUUUCGGUACCCACAGGCACCUCCUCCGGGAGCCAUGAAUGACGUAGUUCUUAAUGGCAGCACGAGUGUGAUGAGCACACCGGUAGGAGGUCGUGGGAGAAGUGGACAGGGAAGAUUUCAUCCCAGCAGCGCCUGCUCCAGAGCGUCGUCGGCUGCAAGUAGCAGGACAACGGCGAACCUUUUUUUCCCUCCGACCCCGGAUCGCUUUGAAACAGGGCAAAACCCGCGUGAAGAAAGUAGAACCACGACCGGCGCUGCUGGACCUUCGAACACGCAGCCAGAAAGGGUGCGAUCGGUGUCGCCCGAACUACCGCCUUCGUUGUCGCUUGGCUCGCUUGGACACCCGGCGACCUGCCAGGCCCCCUGCAAAUUUUUUUGGAAAAACAGGGGGUGCAAGGAGGGUACGAACUGUGACUUUUGCCACUCCUGUCCGCAUAAAAACGUCAAGGGGGGCACGGCAGAGGCGGUCAGACGGAAAAACUUCUUUGCGGGAGGAGGGCUACAGCAGCCGCAAGAACAUCAGGCGAGGAUGCAGCAGGAGACACAACCUCCGGCUCGGGGGCCCAGCACGGUGCCUUUAUCGCGUCCCCCAGGUGUAUUUUUUGCACCCGCGGCCCCGCAGGAGCCGGCGGGGAUGCGCCACAGCACGAACACCGCCCCGCCGCCAGCAGAACUUGAAGUGAAACCUUGCCCCCCGACGCCGAACGACUUUGAAGACGCCCCCGGCUUUUACAAACCCCUGUCCGAAGGGACCAUCGGCCAUCCGCACACCUGCCAGGCGGCUUGUACGCGUUUUUGGACGACGGCGGGGUGCCCGGACGGAGAGAAGUGCAGGUUUUGUCACGCAUGCGGCGUGUUUGGUCUUCGUCGAGCUGCAAUGACGGGACAGGAAAGUCAAGGUCAGCUACAAGGCCGCAGGCCGCCGAGCAAAAAACAACUACGCCGGGCACUGCGGGAAGAGGCACAAGGGCAGCUGAAGGAAGAAUGGUCCGAGAUUCAACAACACCUUGAAGAAACACGCGCAGGAGCAGGUGUCGAGCAUCAAAGUGAUACAACUUCUAGAUACCGCUGGAAAAAUAACGCAGCUCCCUUAGCUCCCGUCCCAGAAGAAGGAGACCUGGGCGGGUCUUUCGCAACAAUUGCGGCGCUGUCGAUACCAACACAGGCUCGUGCUGGUGUAGUAGUACCGCGGAGAAAGAACUGCGCUGCUGCUGCCUCUGCUGCUGCCAGCGAGCAGCGGGCUGGCGAUAUGAAUUUGCGAACAACAACGCAGCAUGAAGAUGCAGUUCUUCUGCUUCAGCAGGACGAGGAGGAUCAAAAAGAAAGUGACAAGGGUCUUGAAGAGCCUUCGUGUGCGCAGCAGUGAUUUUCUUUCGAGCCACUUGCACUUGGAAGACCCAGAUCGAAUCGUGUUUAAUGUUCUACUUCUGCCUCGGUAUCGCUAUCGUUAAUUUGGUCCAAGAACAUCAUACUUUUUUAUGUAGUGGAAAAGUGAGUUUAGCUUUAUUUUUUCCGCUUUACGAUGAACAACUAGAACUACAAACACACCCUUCAAAAAGGCUCAAAGUUAAAAUCAGGUCAAGAGCACCAGCACUUUCGCAAACCUUUGUAGUAAGAGACAGCUUGUUUUUCAGACAUUCAAACGCUUUACUAUUGAUUCACAACAGCACUCUACUUGUUCUUCAACAGCACUAGGUUUUUGCUCGUGCAGCAGAAGCAGAAGAAGCUCGUCGUUCUCAGUUUUCAACAAACAUAACGCUCCCUUUGGGAUUUUAGUUUUCAAUAUGUAGGUCUAUAGCCAGAAGUUGCUUAGCCAGCUCGUCGUGUUUUUAGUGAAGGCAGUAACGCGAGCCACGACGUGAGGGGAAAGAAUAACUUUCAGGAGGUUCCACGUGACUGAGCCUCACAACAAACAAAGUAUAGCGUUAGUUCUUCCACCUGGGAUUUUUUCAUUGAAGUUGUUGUACUGUCGCUCUUGCCAACAUAACCAUGCUUUACUACUGUCCAUUGACGUUUUGAUUCGUAUUCAUUCUUUGAAUACACGACGUUUUGUGCCGAGCACCAGUGCUUCAUGAUGCAUAGGACCGAACGAUAAUAAUUUCAGCGCGCGCGCCGCCUACUAACUUGGUUCGUAUUUUACUGCUGUGAGGCCAUUGAUUACAUAGAACUAGACUUCUUGCUUGAAAAUCAAAAGUACCUUCACAACAAGAGCAUGAAAUUUCUGCACUUUGAAGAAUUAUUCGGAAGCAAAAAUGGCACACGCACUACAUCUAAAAAAUGAUCUAGACAGGAACCCGUUACAACCCGUCAACAUGUUGGCUACCGGCAAGUAGAAGAUGAGAAAACAUAAAAGGCUAGAAAUAUUACGUCAACUACAAAACAACUGCAGUCUAGAAAUUGUAGUGGAUGCAACAUCAUCGUCGAUGUUGAGCAUUGUUACAACUACAGCUGACAGCUUCUGAAGCCAAGGAGUUCCUGUUUUGUGCUCGAUGAGCGGCAUGGCGUGGACAAUAACAACUGACUGGAAAUCGUAUAGAGGUCCGUUGUGAACAAGGUAAAACGAAGUGUCGGUCGUGAUCGAAAAACUUGUGCCCAGAGUAGAAAUGAAAUCUUCAUGCGCAGGAUCAGGCAUGCGCAUGCGUAGGGAGAAGAAGGAACGAUAACGAAGAAGAUCAUUGUUAUUUCGGUGCAGGUUGAAUUGUGAUCGUGGUAAAGUGUGUGAACUAAGAAACCCCUCGAUCAUGUGGAAGAUCCGCAAAAAUUGUGAAUGAUCAGGAACACUACUUGACUUAGGAAAAUCCGUGCUCUAUUUUGACUCUUGAUCUUCUCUGCAGUAUUUGCACUUGAUCCUUGAUCAUCAAUCGAAAUAUAUUUAUAAACGUCGGUUACUAUGUGGUUUUUCGAAAAAAAAAAGUGAUUAUAGUCUGAGAUGGAACUACAUGGUUGCAGCUCAGCCUUCUGCAGCUGUCGUGUGUAGUCUCUAUGCACGACUAAAUUUUUCACAAACCCUGCUUUUCCUCUUCCUACAUCCACAACUGCCAGUUCCCUGAAAAAAGCAUAGUCCUAGUCCCUACUUGCGCUGAAGUUUAAUUCAGAGCAUAAAAGUUCUUGACACAACAUCAAGUAGCGACAACAUCAUAGCCAAAAAAACCAAAAGCCUCAACAAGUUUUAAGAAUUCGGCCGAUUGUUAAAUAUCAAUUUGUCGCGACAGAUUCAUUUAUUUUCCGAUAUUUUUUCCAGUCAAACAACAGUAUAGAAAUCGCAGGUCGCCGUUUGGCUUGCUACAAAUUUUGGACGAUUUACAUUUACAAAGCACAAGCAGUACUUCGGGAUAAUUCACUUCUUGAGCAGAACUAAAACUUCCGCGAAAGUAAAGGAAGAAAAGCAUACCGACUGUAACUCGAACGCAUCAAGUUUAUUUUUCGACAAUUUCAUCUACAUUGCAGCAGCAGCCCUGAAGAAGAAGGGUAUAGUAAGUAUUGAUUAACCGUAGUGCAACAACGAGCACACCACGAACCGUCUACGGCAACAAGGUCAAGAGGCGUAGUAUAAAGGAGGGAAGAAAGCACGACCAACAUGUUGCGUAGUUCCAACGGGUCUUCAGCAUCCUGCCCCGCCGCCGUCUUCGGGCCCCGGGUGAAAAGCUUGCCUCUCUUGGUCGUGUCGCACUUGCUCUACUUGUCAUUAUGCGGAGGAGGAUCGUCUUCGUCGUCCACAGGAUCCCUACUACUUCAAGCCGCGUCCGCGGUGAAACUUGCUGCCGCAGGAGAGCGCCGACGUAGUAAACCUCCCGGGCCGCCGCGUCGUGUCGAUCAUCCACUGCCCGCGAACUUUGUCGAGGUCACCAAGGGUAGCGUUAGCCACCCUGUGUCAUGCAACGACCCAUGCAAGUUCGCUCGGAGAGGAAGGGGCUGCAAAGACGGGGUCGAGUGUGAUCGCUGCCACGUGUGUACGUGGACGAGAGAGGCUGAAGCGGAACGUCGUCGAAAUAGGCUGGGUACUAGGCGUGGUCGUACGAACGAAACGACCGGCAAUAGCUGCCCGCCACCACCUCCUCCUCACCCUGCGGCCCGCCACGACGACGGUCAACAGAGGCUGCUCCGGAGCGGGAGUAGCGCACCAGCUGCUGCUCCUUCUAGCAGGCAGUGGCGGGCAGCUGCAGCUGCCCCGAGCUGCGCACCAACUGUCACCGGUCAGCCACAAUUUCCUCCAGGCUCGUGGUCCUCUCCUACGACCAAUUUUGCAGCAGGAGCGGCACCGAGCUGCAGAAGGCCCUCUCACGGUUCCACCUCGAGUUUUGAUACUAACACGUGGCAAGAACAGCAGGAUCUUCCUGCUUCCCCAGCGCCUCCUUCCCCGGGGCCUCCUUCCCCGGGGCACCAGCAAGGCCAACUUUAUACAGUGCAGUGGGUGGCAUGUCCUGUGAUCGGUCUAGUAACUGAGGAGCAGGCGUGGACAAACGGGCUCUUGCCUGCAGCCGGUCCUAGUUCACCUUUCCAACAAUCGCAGGGCAAUUUUGAAAAUGCCAGCGAUCUGAACAAUUCUCCACCCCCUGGGGUGUCGUCCUGCAGUGGUACGCAAAUGAUGCCCGAGCCGCCCGCGAAUAGUUACGGAAUGUCACCGCAGAUGAGCUCCGGGAGCACGCCGCCGGACCAGCGCUCCGGGACCACGGGGUCCUCCUCCGACCCAAGUACAACCGCGGCGUCGACAUCAACGCCGACUUUUGCCGCUUUUAGUGCUAGGGACGCAAUGUAUUUCCCCGGCGCGGGCGAUACCGUGGCGUCGACACCCUCGCCAACCUUUGCCGCUUUUUUCGAACGUGCUAGCGAUGCAAAGCAUUUGACGCGGGACAAGUAACGGGAGUGGCGGUGAACAUUCUUCUACAAGAUGCAUGUUGCUUCCGAAUACAUCGCGAGAGCAGUUGCAGUUGCAGCUGGGAGAAGAUAAUUUUUUGUUUUAUUGAUGAGAGCUCUAGAAGGCUGUAUUGUGCUGGUGCAACUCGACGUAGCUGGUUUUUACACAGUUGUAUAGUCUAUUCGACGUUUUGAUGUUCCACAAUCAUGUCGUCCUUUGCCGAUCAGCUUUUCUAUGGUGUUGUAAGUACUAGCAAGCAGCUAGCUCACUACAAGAUCGGCGACUGUUUUUCUUUUUUGGCAUGGUCUGUGAGCAAUUUUUUAGCAUAUCAAAAAUCCAGGGUGCACGACGUUUAUUUGCGAGACUUUUGUUGGAGUCUUCUCGUUCUGAUUUUAUCCAUCUAUUGACACACCUAUAACGUGGUAGUCGCAUUUGUAACAAGUGUUGUUCGUACGCAUACCCGCCCACAUGUAGCGUUGACCACGACCUUCUCGGGCUGAGCCUGGAGAGGUUACUUACUACGGUGAACACGAGGACAUCAUGAUGCAUCGAAAAGCAGACCACACUAGGUGCUACUAGAACAGAUGAGAAAGUGAAAAUCUAGUACUCAACUUCCGUGGCUGCUCGACGUCGUGAUGAUCUUUAUAGUACUUCAUCGAGCGAUCGCAGUCAAACUCAAGCGGUUUAGCAAGUUGAACUCGAUGUUGAUGUCAAGUUCACUUUUCUUCUCUAAGACUAAGACUAAGUUAGAAUUUGCAGAGGAACUGUAUUGAUUCUAUCCCGAGGAGGUUUUAUUUUUAAAGGACCAGCACCAUCGACGUGAUCCUCAACUAACAUUUUGAACACGGCGUCUUUUGCCGUGGAUCAGGGGACAUUUUGAGCUUGUUUUUCGAAAGAGCAAUCACAUAAUCUUCACAGCAGGCUUUUUCUUGCGACGUCCCGAUAUAAUUUUCAUGCGAUUUAGUUGUGGACAUCAUCGCAAAACUCCGACAAAAAGUGCAGAGUACCACAAGGUACCACGACACGACGCGCCCAGCGGUCGCUUUUUUUGUUGGCCCGCGGACUGCUCGAAGUGCAGAGUACCACAAGGUACCACGACACGACGCGCCCAGCGGUCGCUUUUUUUGUUGGCCCGCGGAUUGCCUUAAAAACACUUGAUGGAGCAUUUUUAUAGUAAGUACUAAAGAAGCCCGUACUUCUAUGGAGGCUUGGGCUCCUGCGAGCCGGUACUACUUAACCUGAUAUAGAAGUACCAACGAUUUUAUUUCCUGGUUGUGUCCUUCUAAAACAUCCCCAGAACUACAACAGUGCGAAAAACUAAAACAAGAAAACGUCACGACCAUAGUACUAGUUCUGGCAGGACACAAAACCAAACUACGCAAUCAACAGAUAGUAAGUUCUGGCAAGACCAAGAUGACAAAAAACAAAAUUACUAUCAAAAACCAAAACGUGGCCACCAGGAAGUGGACUGCGUUUUCGUUCUUGUCCACAUAAUUUAUUAUCACACCAGCUAGUCCUACAGCUGCGCCCUUGUUGCGGAGAGGCUCUGGGUCUGUGCUUGUGAAAAUGAAGUUUAUUGCCUGUGUUUCUUAUUCACGGUUUCGGUUAUGUCGGUCUACACCACAACUAGAAGUUCUGUGGCGCAAAAGAACAAAGAAGAAAAAUAUAGGUCAACGUCUUGCAGUACCGUAAAUAAAUGCUGCGCGGCUCCAUGAUUCUAGGAGUAGAUCAUGCCGAGGGAUGAACAGAAAUUGAUCAUUUCUCACAACACCCGUCCGUGAGUGAUAUUAUGAAACGGUAAAAGGAUCUUCAAAAUAAAAUUCAAUACCUCCUGCGACCACGACGUGAUGAAUCAGUGCAUCGAAGUGAUCGAAUGCAAAGUAGGAAAGUAAGUCGUACCUUUGGUUGUAAAAAGACAAUAGAACAGAUACUCGGUUCUUUUCAAUAUUGUGAAGCAACUCGAAGUAGAAUUGUGCCUACGUCAUCUUCGGUGGACAGUAGUAUAGUUUUUGCUUCUCUACUUCCAUGACCAACAAAUUGUCAGACGCAUUGUAUUUCAAACUACAGAGCCUCCAGAAAGUACCCGAAGGUGAUUUUUAUUCAAUCAAAACGUAAGUACAAAACUACAACCUUACAGAUUCUGCUUGCAGGUCGUACUCUUUUUGACAGGUGGAUAAGGUCUAACAGAUACUGACAACGAAGGAUUUUCGGGAAUUCUUUUUCUCAACAAGUACUAGUACAGCUGCCGGAACGAUUUAACGUUGUGUACAGCGAAGAAAUUCUAUUUUCGUGAAAAUUUUAAGUAUCCCGAGAAAAAAGUGUUACAGUUACGCACUUGUUGGAGUUUCUGCAUCACAAAUUUUCUUUGUGUGACAGAGAAAACUUUUAAUGCGAAGAUCACAAGGGAAAACAGGAAGGAAGCGAAGCUCCGAAGCAUUUCCUGCAUGAGAAAGGUUGUCUCUGUUGCCAGUCUUGCAUGACAAUGUGUAACUGUAACACUUAUUUCUUGCGAUAUUAAGUGAUAAAAAAAAUACUACACAGCCUUGUAGUUCUACUAGAUCUGUUCCUCUCAAUAAAUCAAGUCGUAAAAACUACACGUACACAGGAAUUUUCUGUCAUCUUCUGACAACGCGCAAAUAAAAUGUCGGCGUUUCUCGUCGGAAAGAAGCUUGUUGCAACCGCCGCUGGAGGCUUGGGCUUCUUAGCCACUUUGUCUUUGCACGUCGGAACUAUUGGCGUGCAAGCUGUGUCGGUUGCGACACCAGCAGCUCGGGGGCGUGGCAAAGGACGAAACAAGGGCACGGGCCGCGGCCAGGAACCACGGCGGAAAAAUGACGAUGUCGCUCAUUCAGGUGGGAAGGGCGGCAGAAGUGGUGAUGUAGUUCUUCCGCGCAACCACGCGGAGGAACACAGUUUGGUGUCUUCUACUGCUGAUCCUCGUGAUGAAGUAGAUUCAUCUUCCCGCGUGCCACCUCCGCCCCCUCCUGCGCCCUUUGUCAUCAACGCGGAGGAAGCUUUAGACUCUAUCGGCUCCCAAGGCCACCCGUUUUCUUGUUGCCAACAAGGCUGCAAGUUUUUUACCCGGGGUACGCGUGGCUGCAAAGACGGAAAAGACUGCACACGCUGCCACAAGUGUCGUUUCGUCCGGCCAGAGGGGGACAGAGAGAGGCACGGCGGACGGGCAGCGCAACGGGCGGCCAAAUUUUUGCGGUCAUCUUCACAAGCCGGCGCGGCGCUGCUCGGUAGAACCAACGAAGGUGACACCAACAGUGACAUUAAUGAUGGCACGACGUCGCCUUCGCGGUAUAGCCCGGCGCUGACAGCAACGAGCGCCGGCAGCAGUGGUGUACUAGCUCAAGGACUUCUGGCAAGCAGUAGAGGUUCCUCGCCAAUUUAUGACGAACAUGGUAACUACGGAAGCGCAAACACGACCUCCGGAGCAGUACGAAAUGCCGGAGGACCUCCACGUGACGACUCUGGUAAGCUCUUCGCAGAUCCAAUCGAUAUUGACGAGGCUCUGCAGGCGUUUGCUGCAUGGAGUACUACUACACCCGGGGGUCGAACAACUGCCCCCACGACCGGCACAAACACGACGUCGUCAGCAGUUUCUAAGAGUAGUAAUUCUACUACUCUCGGCGGGUGUAGUUCGUUUCCACAUGAUUUGAAGCGGCCCGUGCCGCAGCGAGCGGACGAAAUGGUCGGCUCGUCUUCACUGUCCGCGGACACGACAGCAGCAGCUUCGGCGAACAGCAAUACUAGACCGAGACGAGUCCUCUUUUGGGCGGAUACUUAUGGGUUGUUCCGACGACGAGGACGAGGAGGAAGAAUCACUGGCGAUUUGGAAUGUGGCCCCUGCUGCCGCUGCUCCUAGUUCCGCAACGGUUGUUGACCACGAUGCCAACGUUCUCGACCUCGACGAGCUUCUGCAGUACGACGACCAAGCUUCUGCAGUACGACGACAGCAGGAUAAUUCGGUUCCUUUCGACGCUUGCAGUUGUUGUAGCUCCGGCACGGGAGAGACGACCGGUACUUGUUUUACGACCGAGGACUGCGGCAGUUGCAGUACCACAACCGCGUGCUGUUAUGGUACUGAUGUGGAGGCAGAUGUUGAUUCUGACGACAGUGAACUCAGCGAAGUAGAUGCCGCGGACCUAUUAAAUGCAAAAGUGUCUGGGACCACUGGAAAGUUGGAACUUGUGAUGCUAAAUUUGGAUUCUAAAAAAUUCUGUAUUGCAUGACCAGCAAGAGAAGUCCUGUUUGUGCUACGCGGGGAGGCCAUUUGUCAUGCGGAAUAGGCAUCAAGAAGCACUCAGAAAAUCUGUGAUGCCAGCGAAUACAUCACAGACGUCACGGGCCAUGUAAAAUCUGCAUGACAAGUUCGCAUUCUUCCAGACCCAGACAUUUUUACACUUGAUACCAGAAGGUAAAGGUCUAUACUUAAAAAUGUGUACCUGCCCCUGCUGCGGGUCGCAGUAAUAAAGCCAUUGAAGGUUUCGGAAUCAAAAGCCUUCGCGGAUUCUCUCUUGCUGUUGCGAUUGCUCUACGUAUUUUUUCAUCAACUACUUUAUGCAAUUCUUCGUAUAAUAAUUCACUGUCUGAAGAUGAUGAUGUCCUAGGAACUAGUCAGAAACACUUAUUUGUUCUCUCCGCUCUCGUUCCAAGAAAUUAUCUCAUAUACUAAAGAGAAACUAACCGGCGACCUUUUAUUCCAUUUUCGUGUUUUUUCGUGCUCUGUCUAAAUAUGUCAGCAGAAGGCCUACAUUGAUUCAGUGAGAGUAAAAACUCUCGAUGAAUACUCGACUUGAAAAAUGGUUGAAUACAGCGCUCUGGAGGACUUUUUUGUACACGAAAAUAUCGACAGUUUAUUUCAUUUUCAAGCACCAACAGCGUCACACUAAAUAAAUUUCACGCACUUGUUUUCAACUCUUUUACUACAACUCAAGCUUAUUUAGAAGUGCGUGGUCGUCUUCAUUUUCUGCAUAGUUCUACUUGUGCAGAUGAAGGGGACGACAAGCAAUUGUCACAUCGAAAAAAACCUGCUUCACCCGUACCACCGCGGCCCUACGGCACGGGCUGCAAGGGUCUUGCGGGUGGCGGGAG